AUGACGCACUUUACUUGUCUAUACUAUAAUAUUAUCUGCACGAAAAAACUACACGAAACUCCGAAUGAUGCUGAAACACUUUCGAAUUACACGACAUCACCGGUAACAUCGUCGUCAUCGGAAAACGACGCUGAAAGUGGCAUUGCCACGACACCACCAAUGCCUUUCGAGAUGGAUAGUACCGUUAUCAAUUUGGACAAUUUUGAUCUGUUUGCAAUGGAUAAAGAAAAUCAACUGACUGUCGACACAAAUGAUGAUUUCGAACGAUUUUUAGACGAACUCGAUGUCGAAAAUCUAUCUUCAUCUAUUGACAGCUCAACGUUCGAUAAUUUUCUUAGCAGUCCAUUAGGACAACCAAAUCAUGAAACACUUCAACAACUAUCACCUUCUCCACCGGUUCUCUCACCUCCGUCAACCAAUAUUCCUCCAAUAACCAAUUGCAUUCGAAUCCAAUCGUUUACUCCACCCGUAUUAAGUGGACCGAAAAUUAUCAAAUGCGAAUCGAUCAAUCCCAAUAUAACUAUUCUCAAACAGGUUGUUCUGCCAACUGCACCACUCAUUGCAGUUCCAGUGGUAGUUAAUGAUUCGGUACCUACGCCAGUUAAUGCCAUCACACCGCCGAUCGCAAAACGACGUCGUUCCGAUAGUCCUUCGGAGCAAAAAUCACAACAUCUAUUCGAAGUACCGACAGCAACAGUCGAUCAAUUGAAACUUCAAUAUGGAAAUUUGAGUGACGAAGCUUUGAGAAAACAUAUUCGUAUGAUAAAAAAUCGCGAAUCGGCAUCGCUUUCGCGUAAACGACGAAAGGAAUUGAUGGAAAAUCUUGAUGUUACAAACAAACAGUUACAAGAAGAAAAUAGUCAGCUGAAACAAGAGAAUUCGAAAUUAAAAAUUAAAAUCGAAACAUUAGAAAUGGAGAAUAAACUUUUGAAAGAAUACGCUGCUAACAAUCAUUCAACCUCAUCGCCACCAAAACGAAAUCCAUUCAUUCUCAGGGGCCUUGUCCUCCUCAUGGUCGUCGGUGUUGGUCUCUUUCAAAUGAACUCUUUCCUCCCAACAUCAAUGGAUUCAUCAAAACCAGUCGCUCUAUAUGGAGAUCAAACUGCCGUUGUUCCCAGUCGUACAAUUCUUGAAAGUAGUCGUAGUAUUGACCAAAACUCCUAUCCAACGAACAGUAUCUAUGAUUACGGACCUAAUGGAGAUACUAGUAACAACAAUGGACAAGCUUAUCCUUACAUACAAUGUGUUGCUUACAUCAAUAAAACUCACUCACAAAGAAUUAACCAAGAUCUCCGUUCAUGGGUGCAAGAUCAAGCUGAUAAGAUUCAGGAUGGUCAAUCUGCAGUCAUUCCAGAUCCGAAAUCGGUCGUAGUUUCAUCGAAUUCAGCUGUCGAAAAAAAUAAAGGUUCAGUCAUUGAACCUUUGCAUCAUAUGACAAGAAAAGUCGCUCGACAAGCAAAAAUCCAAACAGUCGAUGAAACUGAACUUCAACCGUAUAAAAAUCAUGAACAUAAUUAUCGCGACUUUAUUCAUUCGUUGAAUCGACGAAACGAUACGUUAUACUUCGUUUCGUUCAAACGCGAUAAUCUUAUUCUCCCAGCUACAAUACAAAAUCAAACUCAACGACCGAAAAUAUCACUUAUACUACCAGCAUCGAUGGCGAAUCUCAACAAAUCGAUUCAUGUCCCGACCAAUCACGUGCCGAUGAUGAAAAUCGAUUGUGAAGUUGAAGAUACAAAGCUUCUUUUCGUUAAACGCACUCAUAUCCCAUCGUCAUACCAGAACGAUCUGUUUCAAUACUAUUCUUCAGCACCACAAGCAACUAUUUAA